UUGCAGCAAAUUGAAGCUAUUAAGCAAGGAAAGACACCGCAUUUCUCUGAUUACAUGAAGAAUAAACUAAAGGAGAACAAUAUUGGUUAUCAAAUGUUGUUGGCAGCGGGCUGGAAAGAGGGUACUGGUUUAGGAUCGUCUGGCCAAGGAAUAGUUGAACCAGUUAAUAAG